GUGGCUUACAUGGGACCUUCCCCCUACUCGACCAUUUGUAGCCUUCUCCAUGUUCUGAUCUGCCGACUGAUGGAUCACUCCUGCAGCUGCAGUCCGCCUGUUCUGCCUCUGGCAGCUUCCCUCUUCAUCUUCUAUUAAUGCCUCGUCCAGCUCCUGCUCCCGGCUUAGACAAGCCUCUCCAAGAUGAAGCUCCUGGGGUGGAUGCACCGGAAAUUACGACAGAAUAGUAAUGAUGUGUUCAAAGAUUUCAACAACGGUGGAGGUGGGACCUGCAACUGCAUCACCGGGCUGGCCUCGCCGGACCCCGUCACCUUCCUCUCCUCGGCCAACGAAUACUUCGCCGACGAUGCCUUCACCACCAACCAUCCAUCGCCGCCGUCAGCCGACCUCUUCACCUUCGGCGGCAGCGGUCUCCUCACCAUUGGCACUCUAGGCAUCGCUGCUGUCGCGGUCCCUACAGACGCAGACGACGAUGAGUACGACGUCGACGUGGUUGAUGCCGAAUCCGACUCUGACGACAAAGAUGACAACGUGGAUGAGGAAGACGACGUCGACGGCGGCGCCGUCACGCCCACUUUCACCUACCCUCCGCCGCCGCCGACAGAGGCCGCGGUCGUCGUCGAGAAGGCUGUCGCCGCGGUCGAGGCCAUCGCCGAGAAGGACGACGACACCACCACGGAGGACGACCUCAUGGUGGUGAGCGCCGAGCUGGAGAAGGUCCUCGGCGGCCGCAACAGCGGCACCGCCAGCGACCUGGUGGCGUCGGCGCGGGUGAGCUUCGCCAUGGGCGUGGACUGCCCGCUGCAGGGCUUCCUUUUCGGCUCCCCGGUGAGCGACGCCGAGUCGCGCCUGGAGCAGCCGCGGGACAGCAACGGCGGCCGGCGCACCUCGCUCGGCGAGCUGUUCAUGCGCACGCGCUUUGCCGACGAGAAGGUGGCGCUCGUCGCCGUCGAGGAAGGCGAGGACUGCGGGGAUGGAGCCGCCGGUGGAGAAAGGGUGGACGGGAAAGCAGGGAAAGAAGGCGGCGGCGGCCACAAGAUAAUGAAGAAGAGGAGAGUGAAGGAUGGAAAAGUCGCCGGUGGUGAAGGAGCGCCGGCGAGUGCAGCUGUGACCAAGAGCAAGUUUCAGAAGAUCCUUCAAAUCUUCCACAGGAAAGUGUACCCUGAGAGCACGGCGCUGGCGAGGAGCCCGACCAAGAAGAGCCGCAAGCGUGGCAGCAGUGGCGGCGCCGAUGACCCCGUGCCGUUGUCACCCAAGCUCAGGUGCCGCAAGGAGCAGCGCACCCCGGGGUUCGGCUGCUGCGCCAACCGCGCUUCCUUCGGUGGCGCUGCUUCUCCUAUUGACGACGACGAGCUCAACGGCAGCAAGAGCGGCCACUGGAUCAGGACCGACGCUGAAUAUUUGGUGCUGGAGUUAUAGAGAGAGAAAGUCAGGAUCUGUUGGCUGGUCAAUAUCAACCAUAGUGUUUCCUCAAAAAAAGAAUCAAGCAUAGUGAGUAUAUUGAGCAUGUUGUGUACUUAUGUUUAUGUGCUUGCCUCCUACAAAAUCCUUAAAUGUUUGUUCAUCAUAUUACCUGAAUGAGUUGUAUGUGUCAGUCUAUAAAGGGGAAAAGGACUGUGAAUGUAUGAACUUAAUGUAUGGUUUGCAUCAAGAUGUGAUUGCUGUAUUAUGGA